UUCUAUUUAAGAAUGAGAGGAUUUUCUUGAUUUAUUUUAAUUUUUUAGAUGGAUUUUUACAUCGUUUUAAUGUGAGCCAUAAUGGAUAUAUCGUUAACACCGUUUAAAAGACGUUACGUAGAAAAUUGGCGAAAAGACGUUCAGAAACACCUAGAAGAAGGUUCUAUAUGUCGUAUAGUCGUGGCACAAAUAAACAGUGAAGAUGAAGACAAUUCAGAUAGUGCACCGAAACCUACAACACCUCUUCCCCCUCCAUCGGGAAAUCGCGCGAAGCAAGUCUCGCGAGAAAAAACGCCAAACGAGAAGUUAGCAGAUAUGGCAGUUAGUAGUUCUCUUCACAUCCAAGCUCUCCCAUCAGUCCGAUUCAUGUACACUAAUGCCAUGGAACAGAAGAAAAAUUCUGAAAAACUUUACGGAGGUUUUCCCGUUGCAGGUCGGCAAAGUUCGCGGAAAGACGCUCAGGAAACUGUUAAUUCACAGGAAGAUGAAACCGAGGCUAAGCCUCUCGUCAUCGUUGACCCUCAGCUGAUGACUCCAAUUGACCAUCCAGAAUUGAGUACGCAAGAAAAUAAAAAACCAAACGGUAAAGACGUUCGUUUUCCGAUGAAAAUUUCCUCCUUAAAACCUCAGGUUGAGUCCAAGAAGUACAGUAGAUUGCCCCUCUUUGCCAAAUGUAAAAUUCAAUCUACAGAGAGAAAUAGUUUUGUGGUUUCACGAUCAAAUUUCCUGAAAAACGGGAAAGCAAAGAAUCACAGCUUCUUAACACUACCGGUGCGAUUCCAAGUUCAAGCUCAGACGAAUGAACGUUUGAUUCAGAGUUCUGAAAAUUACAUUCUUAAAGAGAAAACAAAUUUAUCACAAACUCCAAGGAACGAUGCGAGAUCCCCACGAAAGGUAGAUUUUCCCCUCCCUACACCCCGCGUAGCAUCCAACACUGUCUGGGCGUGGUAGGGCGGAAUAAUUCUGUUCCAUUUCGUGACAAUUCCAAAGACUUUUUUUGUUUUUGUUAAAUUGAUAUACCUAGGUCACUUUUGUUCAUUAAUUGAGAUAUUUUGGAUUUUUUUCCCAUAAAAAUUAGAUUAUAAUCGUCAAAUAUCUUCGAAGACACAUAGAACAAUGGUACUUGCUUUGAAUAUUUUUUUUUUUUUUAUCAGGGAAUCCAUUAUAUAGACAGCACUGGUAAGAAAGGUUCUUAAUAUUUUCAUAAGAUCAAAGAAUUCAGUUUACAUUUAGUGAACGUUAAGUAUAUACAUGUACCAGAUAUAAAAAUAUGAAUUAUAUCAUCCUAUGAUUAUUUAAGUUUAAAGACUGAAAACAGAAUCGUACAUAGAUUUCUAUCUGUAU